AUAGUGCUUUAGAAGAUGAAACAAAUAAGCAAGAAGUUAACUUUUUCACUGUUUCUGUUUUUGGUAGUCUCUUUGCUGGUGUCUUCAUCUGUAGUUAGAGUGGAAGCAAGAAAGCAAUAUCACAAGAAGAGCAAGCAUCAGAAGCAAAAGGGUGAUGGCAAUGGCCAUGGUUCAGGCCCUGCACCAGCUCCCCUUCCGUAUUACAAUCAAUCUCAGUCCACCAUUUUUAAUAUCUUGUCUUUUGGAGCAAAGGGCAAUGGAGUUUCUGAUGAUUCCAAGGCACUUCUAGCAGCAUGGAAAGCUGCAUGUGAGAUUCCAGGAGCUACGUUGGAAAUACCAUCACAGCACAAGUUUCUCAUCAAACCCAUCACUCUAAAUGGCCCUUGUAUGGCUCAGCUUGUUCUUCAGAUUGAUGGAGCUGUAUUGGCACCUCCAAAAGUAAGUUCGUGGCCCAAAUCCAGCUUGUUUCAAUGGCUUAAUUUCAAAUGGCUACAUAACUUCACCGUUCAAGGCUCUGGUACUGUCAAUGGCCAGGGCUUUAAUUGGUGGACUCUCUCCACAUUCUACAAUAACAAAAAGAAAUUGAAGCACAUUCCAGAUAUGAAGCCCACUGCUUUGAGAUUUUAUUCCAGUUAUAAUGUGACAGUUCGUGACAUCACCAUAAUAAACAGUCCACAGUGCCAUCUGAAAUUUGACAAUUCCGGCGCCGUCAAAAUUGACAAUAUCACCAUUUCUUCGCCGGAGAACAGCCCCAACACCGACGGCAUUCACCUGCAGAACACUCGAGAUGUUGAGAUUCAACACUCCAACAUUGGCUGUGGAGAUGACUGUGUUUCCAUUCAGACUGGCUGCUCCAACAUCCACAUUCAUCAUAUCAAUUGUGGCCCUGGACAUGGCAUAAGCUUGGGGGGACUUGGGAAAGAUAAAAGUGCUGCAUGUGUCUCCAAUAUUGUUGUCCAAAACAUCUCAAUUCAAAACACUCUUUCAGGAGUGAGAAUCAAGACCUGGCAGGGAGGAAUUGGGUCAGUGAAGAAUGUAUCAUUCUCAAACAUCCAAGUUUCUGAUGUAAAGGUGCCUAUUAUGAUAGACCAAUACUACUGCGACAAGUCCAAAUGUAAGAACCAAACGGGAGCAGUUGCAAUUUCAGGCAUAACAUACGACCAAAUCAUAGGAAGUUACUCAGUACAGCCUAUUCAUUUAGCCUGCAGCAGCCAAAUCCCAUGCGUAGACGUUGAUCUCAUUGACAUACAGCUGAAGCCAUCUUCAGAAUCCAGAGGCUUUCAAAACUCCUUAUGUUGGAAUUCUUAUGGUAAAUCUCAAGCCCCUCUUCUUCCUACUAGCAUAGACUCUUGCCUUAGAAGGGGUGGUGGUGCUGUAAGGAGAAUUGCUAGAUCCCAUGAUUAUGUCUGCUACUGAUUCUCUAUGUUUCCUCUCCUGUUUCUGUUUUUUCCUCUCUCUAGCUUCCCUUCUGCAGUUUUUUCUUUAUUUUUUUUGAAAAAUGUAGGAAGGUGAUGAUUAUAAAAGCAUUUAUGGGUUGUUGCUGUUGGCUUUUUCUGAAUCCAUCAGUAUUUCAUUUCCUAGUUAGUACAAACAAAGUGACCCAAAAUAUCCCCAACCCAUCUCUCAAAAUUGAUUCUUUUUUACUUUAAUGAGAAGGGUUUCUCAAGUUGUAAUGAGUUGAAGUGGUGACCUACUCUAUUCCAUUCCAUUCACUUUUUCUUUGGUAAAUCGGUUGGUGGUAAGUUAAAGAGAGAGUUUAAUGGCGGUGAUAGUGGAGGAAGGCUUGUGUCUGUGUGCGGAAUCAAUUGCACGCGAAGCAUUGCUUUUUUGUUUUACCUUUGUAAUUAAUAUCGUAAUUUAUAGGCUUUUUAUGGCUCCUGAGAUCUGUUUCUUGUACUUUACACGCACUCUGUUUAGUGGCUUAGUGCUCUGCUCUCUUCUUGUAUUGUAUGUAUCUAACCCAGACGUUCUAGUUCCUUCUACUUGCGGGAAGCAGAGAAUGGGAAAGAAACCAAAAUAAUUUCCCUUUUAGUA